CACCUAACGUUCUUUUACGAGGGAACUCUUUAUUCCUCCUCAAAAAGUCUUCUGCUUUGUUCAUAGGCAGCAACAAACUAAAGCAUAUAUUCCUAACCUCACUUCCCUGACUCUUCUUCCUUUUCUUCUUCUGAAUCCAAAGCAGACGGAGUCCAUAGUUUUUCACUCUCGGCACCCUAUUUAAAUCUCUCUUUUGUCCUCUGUUUUCUCUCAUAUUUACCGGCCUUGCAUUGAACAACAAAGGAGGAGUAGAUGUUGCCAUGGGGAACCUCUUGUCACUUUUCAAGAGCAAGCAGAACAGCCAUGGGGUUUCUAGAAGUAUCUCCGGUGGCACCGCCGGCAGCAACCACGGCGUCACUGGUAGAACGCCGUCGUAUGAUCCCGGGAUGUCCAGGAAACUGAACAUAAAUGAUACGAGUGCUAGCAAAGCAAGGAGUGGUACGGAGAAGCAUAAGUACGCUUAUAUCCCUGAUAACUACACAUCCCUUCAACAGGUUACAGAUGCCUUGAGAAAAGAAGGUUUAGAGUCAUCUAAUCUCAUCGUCGGAAUUGACUUCACCAAGAGCAACGAAUGGACAGGCAAAGUUUCAUUCAGAAACCGGAGCCUGCACGCCAUUGGCGAUGAACCUAAUCCAUAUGAGAAGGCUAUCUCCAUAAUUGGAAAAACUUUAGCUCCAUUUGAUGAAGACAACCUCAUUCCUUGUUUCGGCUUUGGUGAUGCUACCACUCAUGAUCAAGAGGUGUUUAGCUUUCACAAUGAUCAUUCGCCCUGCCAUGGUUUCGAAGAAGUCUUGGCCUGCUACAAAAGAAUAGUUCCAAAUUUGCGACUUUGGGGGCCAACAUCUUAUGGACCUGUAGUUGAAGCUGCAAUGGAUAUUGUGGAGAAAAGUGGAGGGCAAUACCAUGUUUUAGUUAUCAUUGCAGAUGGCCAGGUCACCAGAAGCAUCGAUACCAGCGACAAUGAAUUGAGUCCACAGGAGCAGAAGACGAUCGGAUCAAUUGCAGAUGCAAGUUUCUAUCCGCUCUCGAUUGUUCUUGUUGGAGUCGGGGAUGGUCCUUGGGAAGACAUGAGGAAGUUCGAUGACAAGCUCCCUUCACGCGAAUUUGAUAAUUUUCAGUUCGUUAACUUCACCGAAAUUAUGUCUAAACACACAACUUCAUCCGAGAAAGAAACUGCAUUUGCUCUGGCUGCCCUCAUGGAAAUCCCAAUCCAGUAUAAGGCUGCUGUUGAAUUCGGUAUACUUGGACGUACGACAGGGAAAAAGAAGAAAAUCGUUCCACGCCCUCCACCAGUUCCUUACACCCAUCGUGCACCAACUCACGAACCAAGUGGUCUUCCAGCGCACACCCAUCGUGCACCAACUCGCGAACCAAGUGGUCUUCCAGCGCCUGCAGGGGAUGAACGAAGCGAGAUGCUCUGUCCAAUCUGCCUAACAAAUGGAAAGGACAUUGCCUUUGGUUGCGGACACAUGUCGUGCAGAGACUGUGCACCGAGAUUGUCCGACUGUCCAAUUUGCCGCCAGCCAAUUCGCAGCCGUCUCAGGGUUUUCACCGGAUAACCGCACAAAGGGAUUCGUGUGUAUAUCAGAUUGUGCAUAUAGCUUUUAGAGAUUGUCUGCCUUCUGUCCGUGACACCCGGGUUUCGAAUUGCGCCAGAUUGUACAGUCCUGCUUUCUAAAUCUAAUGUGUACUUCUGCUCCUCUUUCUAAUCAUCUGUAAGAUGUUUGGUUGCUUAAAAUCAGUAGAACUUGUGAGUUGUGCUU